CACACUUCCGUUACGAAGCGUGUUCCCCUAUCACGCUGUAUUCGUUUCGUUCCCUCCCCCCCAACUCUAGGGCACGAAACUGGCGAACGAAUCUGGUCGAGUCUCUCUCCCGAUCGGCCGAUCAGCCGCCGUCGAUCUUGGGCACCAUAUCUCGGCUGAAAUCUGGAGCUAUGAUUCAUGAGGCGGAAAUAGGGCCUCAAGGGCCCCCUCUUUUGACACUACGUCAUAUGUCAGAUCGGCUAUGGGAACAACAUGAUACUACUUCCUUGACGUGCCGACGGGCAGAUAGUGGAUUUUGGGAUACGCCUAUACAUAUCCGUGUUCUUCACUAUUUGAUACGUGCGGGCUUUUAUGGUGUGGCGCGGAUUGGUUUCAUUAGGCUGGACCAUGCAUUAAUCACAGCUCUAGUAGAGAGGUGGAGACAAGAGACACACACCUUCCACUUUCCGACUGGGGAGUCAACCGUGACUUUACAAGAUGUAUCAGUGUUGCUCGGCCUACCCGUGGAUGGAUCCCCUAUAACUGGAGUUGACCACGCGCACCCUCCUUCUGUGUGGGUAGGAGAGUGCCAGCGGUUACUAGGGCGUUCACCGGAGGAUACCCACAUCAGAGGUGGAAGAUUGCAGAUACAAUGGCUUAUAGACAAUUUCGGGGAAUUACCAGAAAAUGCCACAGAGGAGACAGUGCGUUGUUAUGCAAGGGCAUACAUAUUGCGGUUGAUUGGGGGGUUUCUGAUGCCGGACAAGUCUCAGAAUUUGGUUAAGCUCAUGUUUCUACAAUUUUUCGAGGACUUAGACUGUUGUGGUACGUAUAAUUGGGGUGGUGCAGUUCUAGCUACGCUUUACCGGAUGUUGUGUCGUGCUAGUAGGCCGGGAGACAAGGAAAUAGGUGGCCCAUUAGUUUUGUUGCAGAUAUGGGCGUGGGAAAGGUUACCAAGGAUUGCGCCGCGUCGAUUGCAAGACGUUGGUCCAGGGCAGGGCCCCAUUCAGGAUGGAGAUCAGCAGUUGCCUGGUGGACCGUGGGGCAGCAGGUGGAGGGUCGGUUUUGCUCUUGACCAGGUUCCAACUCACGUGGUUACUGUGUAUAGGGACCAGUUUAAUCGCCUCACUUUUGAUGAGUUUAUAUGGAAGCCAUACGGGGAUUCGGUGAUGGACGUUUUGCCUAAUUACUGCACAGUAGGGAUCGAUAUUUGGAUGGCCCAUGUGCCACUUAUUUGUUUUGAGUUGGUGGAGUGGCAUCUUCCACAGCGGGUACUUCGUCAGUUUGGAUGUGUGCAGGAUAUACCGGACUGCUUUGACACUGAUCGGAGGUUGCACAGUAUAGAUAGACGUGGCCACCACAACACCGAUUGGGCCCGAGAGCAUGCUAAAUUCAUUACAAUAUGGGAGGAACGUAGGGAUCGAAUUGUACCCGCUGACAGGUCCGAUAGAGUCAUAGAAUACCAGGACAACUACAUGCAGUGGUACAGGAGGCACACACGUUUGUUGAUUGGAAAUCCUUCUCAUCGAGCUGUGAGUGGAUACCAGGGUACUGGGGGAGUCAUUGAGGUCUUGACGCAGCGUGUGGCAGAUGAUUAUAAUUUGGCAGAUACGGCAGAAAACGCACUACGGGCGACUACAACUCCAUGUCCUGAGGCAUUGCAUGCUCUUGCCACCAUAAGAGACAGAUGUUAUGAUGUGCUACGUCAAGUGAAUCAGCAGCAACGAUUGACCAAUGAACCCUUGACAUUACAACCAUCGACUUCAAUGGGAACAUGCCAAGAUCUGGCUAAUAUUUCUGCCCACACUGCACAAGAGCCUAGUGCAUCCACACCACUCUCAGGCGACUUUUGUGGAGACCCAGAGGAAGAGAUGCAGCCACAACACGCUAAUGAGGACCUGGCUAUCACCAACUCCACCUCUCAGCCAAUACCCGAUCUUGCAAUGACCAACCGGGCCACUUUACAGCAUGUUUCUAUGUCAGUCAUGCCUUAUCCAUCCGAGGAUGCCACUAUGGAGGAUGUGGGCUUGACACAGGUGGAUCAUGGUAGAGAUGAUACUGAUGGUGGGGGAGGAGCAGGGGUUGGAGGUAACGGAGUGGUUGAGUCCUGGAGAGAAGAAGAGGGAGAGGUAGGGGUAACGGUAGGGGAAGAGGUAGGAGGACAGGGGGAGGUCAAGCUAAGAGUAGGGGAAGAUGAAGGGGUUGGAGGAGAGGGAGAGGUGGAGGUUGAUGUGGGGGAAGAAGAAGAUGUUGGAGGACAGGGAGGGGCUGAGCUACAAACAUGGGGAAGGGGAGGGCAAGGGGGAGGAGAUGGAGAGGUCGACUUAGGGGGAAAGAUAGCUGGAGUGGUGGAAGCCAUUAGAGGUGGGGAGAGAGGUAGGGGAAGAAAAAGGAGAGGGCUUGGGAGAGGAAGUAGUCUGUCGCCAAUGGGCCCUAAUGACGAGGAGGGACUGUCACAGGUCACUCAAAUGGAGAACGUACCACCGAAGAAGAGGAGCAAGAGACCGAAGCCAUGGACACCUUCUCGUGGGACUCAUAAGAAACAAGAUUCCCAUAGUACAUAAAAUGUUCACGACGAUUUCCUCUUAUUGUGCUUCUUCAACGGAAUGUGUUGUAAAUGUGCAUCGACAGCUUAUGACCGUUUUUCAGUACGAGAUGAAAUUUAACAAGUUUGGACACGCCGGACUUGGGACUAGUUCUCAAAGGCUUACUGAUUUUAA